AAAAUUUAUAUUUUUUUAGAAAAGAAAGAUGGGGGACUCAGAUUCCCUGUCUUUCAAUCAAAUUCAAGACAACAGCGAUGAUCUUGGAGCUUUAGAAGAAACAGAUGAAUGUGUUUGUUGCUGCGAGGUACUAGAAGACUCACUUCUGCUCACAUGUCUCCAUUCUAUUUGCAGGAGUUGUGUGGACAGCCAGACUACAGAUCAUAUCAAAUGUCCAAGAUGCCGUUCUACAAGUUCCUGUCACAAUCUCGUCAAGGAUUAUCUUCACAGUGUUGAUCCUCCCCAGCCCAGGCACUGGGAUUCACAGGAUACGGUUGUCGAGAUGACCGGAAUCAUAUCCCGGGGUCGGGAGAGGAUUGAAGCUUGUAACGAGAAUAUUAACAAACUCACCAAUAAUCUCGGGGAGCUUCAUGAGGAGAGGGAGAAGAUGAAACAGCAGAUUGAAGACACAUACAAGAUCUUUAGUUCUGUGCUUGAGAGGAGAAGAGAAGAGAGUAUGUUACAGUUAGAGAAUAUAUUCAAUGACAGGGAACUCUCAACUAUGGACCAGCUUGAAGAUCUUAACUUAUCCCAGGCGCAUUUGGAGCACACUAUUCAAUACGUAUCCAGAGUUAUAUCUGAGUUCCCAGAUACCGAAGCUAGAUCUAUUCUUCCAAUGGCCAAGGUUCAACUGGAGUCGAAUAUGCGGGUACUGGAUACACUGUCUAGACAGGAUAAACCUGCUCAGACACUUGUCUGUAAAUCUGAUCUCAAACUCUUUCAGAAGGCUGUAAGGGAUAGUUUUGGCAGUUUUGGAAACUAUGAUGAUUCCAGUGUCUCAGCUGAAAACCUAGUUAUUCCGGAAAUUGCUCAAAGAAAUGUGAUAAACUCAAGAUCUACUCACACCAAGGCGAUCACAAACAUGGAUCGGAGCAGGAUGCUCCCCACCUCUACCGAUCUUUUAUCCCCUCAAGGAGGAGAUCAGGGGUUUGUGUCUCCUGGAGAUCAUCUCCUGUCCCCUCUAGGGGAUCAUCAGGGUCUCCUUUCCCUCGGUAAACCUGGUCUAUCUCUCCAGGUUCCCUCUUACUCUGGGCAGCAUGGCAGUCUUUCAGUUCCUGUCGGGUCUCCUAGAGGUCCUAGUCCCCGGUCUCACGGACCAAUAGGAUCCAAUCUAUCUAGUCCUUCUCACCACGGGUACUCCAGUGGUCGAAUGGGAAACUCUCAUCCUGACUUGAGCUAUGCAGCGCAUACUCCUCCCCUUUACGGUAGAGGACACACCCCUCCCCUUCAAGGUUCAGGACACACCCCACCACUCAUCACCCAGGAUACAACACAUAGAAACGAUUUCAGUUUGGCAGAGCUGGCGGAUAAAAUUAAUCGUUCAAACUCUGGUCCUUCGCAUCAUAACUUUACUCUAGCUGAACUUAUCUCUAAUGUAGCAGAGAACCCGAAUAAGGACUGGGAUGGAGCACCAACUCCCAGUCAAGCAUAUUCCAAUCUAGCAGCUCUAGCCAAGCUUGAUGAGAUGCAGGAUAAGUCUGGAAACUGGUCUAGUGUAGACCACAACCUUCUACUCCCAGACCUAGAGAGAUCUUCUUUAUCAAGAUCUAUGUCAGCUCUCACAAGUGGACAGCUCUCACCUAUACCCCUGAGAGCACAGGGAUCUCCUAGUCCUUAUGGUCUUAACAUUCCGGGACUAGAUCAUAGAGGAGUCUCUCCAAUUUCUCCAAUAGAUGGUAUGAUGCCCUCAAUGCCUGGAGCACCAGGCAGUCCUUUCCCUCCUAUCCGAGGCAACAGAUCGGUAAGCUUAUUAAAUCUUUAGCAUAAGAAUAUUAGG